ACCCCCGGCGGCCGGUGCGUGCGACCCUUCACGUUUUCGACGCGCGAGAGCGAGAUCGAAAUCUCGCGUCGCGUUGACCGCUCGCGAUCGCGCGGUCGGCGACCACGAACGUUUUUCACCCGCCGCCCGGUUUCAAGAUUCGAUCGCGCCCCCUUUCAACCGACCGAUGAGCGCACCGCGGCGAGGCGGCGUCGGCAGAGUCGCGUUCUCUCCAAAGCGCAAGCGCCCCGCCUGGAAAGCUCCUCGGAGCCUCGGACAACGAUCGACGACGUCUGAUUCUGACUCGUCGACGCGCGUCGUCGUCGUCGUCGUCGUCGUCCGUCGUCGCGGCGGGUCGACGUCGAUCCGAUGCCGCCGCCGCCGCGCGGGAACCCGCGGACGAAGCUCCUCACCGCGGGCGCGCUCUUCGCGUUCGCCGCGUGCACGUUCUCGCUUCCCGCGAUCCUCGCGACGAACGCGAGCGCGUCGCUCUACGCGAGCGACGAUCCCAUCUCGUCCGCGGCGACGCGACGCGGCGCGUUCAUGAACGCGGGGUCGAAAGACGUCGGGUCCACGACGAUCGCGGGGGGGGAGAUUCACGACGCGAGCACGGACACGUUCUCGAGGACGACGGUCAACGCGGGGAACAAGGGGAAGAGGACGCGAUAGGAGAUAGCAUCUGUAGGAGGCGCGCGGAGGAGGACGUAACCUUACUGUAUCAUAGCAGCGGCGACGCGUCGCAUCUCAUCG